AAACUGACAAUAUUAUGGAAAACCUGGAUUUUUCAGAAGAAGAAAUUCAAGAACAGCUGGCACUCCUUGGCUAUAAAAACAUCCCAAAACACAGGUUACUGGAGUUUAAGCAAGAUCUUGAUGAACUGGUGCGACAUGGCCAGUGGAAAAAUGUGUCUCCUGCAACUCUAAUAAGCACUAAAACCACAACAGCCACAACUCAUUCAAGUCCUCCAGCUUACACCAAAGAAAAAGUAAGUACAUCUUACUUUGAAGACUCUGGGAAAGGAUUUUUCUUACAUGCACAAAGAACAAACCAUCAGAGAAAGCCGCUCACCACUCAGGAGAACAGAAACCAUGGAUCGCAGCAGGGACGCUACGAGUCAUACGCUCAGCAUUCUGUGGCUCCAAAGCUCCAGCUCUGUCCGGGUGCUCCUAACAGGUUGCAGGUGGAGCCCGACACUGAAGACACCCUGGACUCACUGCUGUCAGACAGCUACACCUCCACCUCAGAUCUGCAGGAGAGACGGUUCAUCAAAAGAAAAGUCCUAAGGAAACACAAAGGAAAAUCUCUCGUCUGUGAUGAAUCCGUCUACAGUGAAGGCUCAGAUGUAGCGAGCUGUUUGGAAGAGCAAAUGGCAGAACUGGACUUAUCCACAGCAGCUCAGGACUUUGAGACAGAGAGUGAAGAUGUUACUGGUCAGAGUGAGACGCAGAGCUUCGACACUGAUGGCGUCUCAUUGAGUGCCUUUGAGUACUACGUCAGAGGCAUGACUCAAUCUCAACGUGAUGGUGAUGUUAGACCCAAGCCCAAAUCCUUCAUCCGACCAGUGAUGAGUCAACCGACUAUAAAGAAGACUGAUCCAGUGGCCAAAUACUUCCAGUACAAGCAGAUCUGGGACAUGUUUAAACUCCCUGGGGAGCGUGACAGGAAGGCUCUUCGCUGGGAGAUCAAGGAACGACUCGCAUAUCAGCCUCCUCCUCCUAAACCUCGAAGAGUUUACGUGCCCAACACCUACACCGUGCCGACGGAGAAGAAGCGCUCGGCCCUUCGCUGGCAGAUCAGGAACGAUUUGGCCAACGGUCUCCUCCCACACAGAUUUAAUCAUCAGGUUUAG